UAUUUUUCAUCUGGGGUGUAUUUAAUGUGAGUGUGAGAAAGCGGAAGAUUUGUGUUUCCAGCCGAACUCGGGCGGUGUGCGCUCCUUCUGUUUCCGUGUCUAGGAGAAGAGCAGCGGUGUGAUUUCUGAGGAGACUCUUAUCCGUCAAAAUGCAGGACCCAAAUGAAGACACAGAGUGGAACGAUAUCUUGAGGAAGAAAGGCAUUCUUCCUCCCAAAGAGAUACCUAAAGAUGACGAAGAGGAGGAGUUGGCCCUCAAACAGCAGUCUCUCGUUAAAACGUAUGAGAGCAUGACACUGGAAGAACUGGAUGAGAAUGAAGACGAGUUCGGUGAGGAUGAUGAGGCUGCCAUCGAGAUGUACAGACAGAAGCGUCUUGCUGAGUGGAAGGUGUCUCAGUUGAAGAAUGUGUUCAAGGAGGUGGUUGAAAUCUCAGCACAAGACUACGUCAAGGAGGUGAAUCAGGCCGGAGAAGGCAUCUGGGUGGUGCUGCACCUCUACAAACAGGGCAUCCCUCUGUGUACGCUCAUCAACCAGCACCUGAGCUUCUUGGCCAGGAAGUUCCCGCAGACCAAGUUCAUCAAGUCAAUCUCCACCACCUGCAUCCCCAACUACCCCGAUCGCAACCUGCCCACCAUCUUUGUCUAUUACGAGGGGGAGAUGAAGGCCCAGUUCAUCGGUCCCCUGGUCUUCGGGGGCAUGAACCUCAAAGUUGAAGAGCUGGAGUGGAGGUUAUCAGAGUCCGGGGCGGUGAAGACGGACCUAGAGGAAAACCCGAAGAAGCAAAUUGAAGACAAGCUAAUGUCGUCAAUCAGAUGUUCGCUCCCCACACGAAAGGACAGUGACUCUGAGGAAGAGGACGAUUAGAAAAAAACAUGUUACUCCAAAGCAGAACAACCAUGUGGCUGUUAUGUGGGAAACACUCAGAGGACCUUGAAACAUUGGAUGAUAAUAUGGGCAGCGAUAGCAUCUCCUUUUAUGAGCAAGUUCAUUUCAUGUUUUGACCAUGUAGGUGGCGCUGUUGUGCUGCGAUCAAUCCUGCUCAAAGGAACUUUGGACGCUUGGUGGCACAGUAUCAAACCUACAGUACGAUCCCUCUUUUUGUAACUUUAAUAAUGUCCAGAUGCAUCCACUGAAUCUCUACAAAAUAAUCAAAGACAAAUUUUAACUUUUUUAUUAUGUUUCAUGUUAAUUUUGUCACAAAAUGUACAUGUACAUUUAAAAUCUGUAAAAUUAAAUGUGAGUUCACCGCUUUGCCACAAUAUCAGUAUUUUCCCCCAAAUGCUAUUUUUUUGGAAUCUGUCAUUGACCUAAAAAGACCUUGCCUAAGACCUUCUUUUAAAUGAUUUGUUUCAAGAUUAAAAGACAUAUUUCUUGUG